AUGGCUGAGGAGAAAGGGCUGACUGUCGAUCAAAAGGCUUUCGAAGAGUGCAGAAAGAAAGCUGUGGAACUAUCAGCUGCUGGAACAGGAAAGUUCCGUGACACACUCGAUCUUGAUGUCCAUGCACUUGCUGAACUCCAAAAGCGAGGUAUCCCUACCACGGACGAUUCGUUCAAAUACAGGUACAAGGCUGAGGGACCUAAUGACGGAACUGUUAAAUACACAUUCGAGACUUGUACCGGCAAGAUUCUUGCCAUCCGUUGUGAUGGUAAAUUUGUCGAUUCCAUAGAAGCUGGUGUUGAGGGUGCUCUGUUGCUUGACAAGACGAAUUUCUAUGCAGAACAAGGUGGACAGAUCUAUGACACUGGAGUGUUGAUCUCCACAGACGAUGAGGGAACAGAAUUCGUCGUUACAAAUUGCCAAGUUCGUGGAGGAUAUGUGGUCCUAGUGGGUUCAACUAACGGAGUGCUGAAAGUAGGAGACACAGUCGAACAAGUCUUUGAUGGAGAACGUCGUGCACUCAUUAUGAAAAAUCAUACCGCCACCCAUGUUCUGAAUCACGCUCUUCGUUGUGUGUUGACCGAUUCCGAUCAGAAAGGAUCUUUAGUUGCUCCGGAUCGACUUCGAUUUGAUUUCACGAACAAGCAGGCGAUGACUAUCAAGCAGGUGAAAGAAGCCGAGGAGAUAGUCCAGUCGAUCAUAGACACCCGUGAACCCGUCUAUGCAAAAGAAGCACCGUUGCCUCAGGCUUCGGUUGAAAUCACCUGGAGCUGA